AUGCAGUUCACCACCGCUCUCUUCGCUCUCGCUGCCGCGACCGCCGCCAACGCCCAGGCUUCCGACCUUGGUGCUUGGAACGUCACCAUCGAGAGCUCUAGCUUCGCCAACGGCUUCAAGUCGCGCACCGUCCUCGCUGACUUUGUUUCCGACGCCUACUCUGGCGACGACGUCAUCCGCACCGUCUGCAAGUACGAGUACAACCCUGCUGCCGACCCCAAAGAGUCCUCCAGCUGCGAGCCCAACACCUUCUCCUACGAGUACGAUGGCACGACCGUCAAGGUCCAGCAGAACGUCGAGAAGCCCAACCCCAUGACCGUCUUCGGCGAGGCUCCUCUUAGCCUUACUCUCCAGCCCGGUUCUGGCAAGACCUCCAAGGGUAAUGCCAUCUUCGAUGCCACCCGCGCCAUCGCGUAA